CACCUGUUCGGGUGGCUGUGUCCUCUCGAUAUGGAAUAAGGCUGCGUUGUUCGAUGCAGUGAUGGCGAAAGUCGAUUCCCGACACGGUAAAGCAGCAGCAGCUCGUAAUUUCCACCCAAAACCGCUUUUAAAAAACUACCCAUUGGGUUCUUGGGAUAAACAACUCAACCCUCACAUCAUCAGCGAUGCAGAAGCGAUGUGUUCUUGCUGAGAAAAUCGUUUGGGAUUUUCGAAUAUCAUCGCUGGCUUGAAGCGCUGUCUCUCUCUCUCUCUCUCUCUUUCUCUCUGUUUCUCUCUUCCCCCCUUUUAACUCUAGAGACGAGGGAACAAACAGCGCUAGUGCUGUGUUUUCGUUUACCCCACAAGAAGUGGAAGGGGAAAAAAAAUUAAUAUCGUCUGCAAAUAUGUUUUUCGAAAACUGUGGAUAAACGUUCCGUCUUGAUUUGGAUUCGAAUUCUUUCUUGGUAGAGAAUCGAAGGUGCCAAAAGUCAGACGUGGAGAGGAACUCUAGAUGAGAUGAUUUUGAAGAAAACAUGCCAGUUACUGGCGUUGUUUGUGUGUAUCAGGGUCACCAAAGGCUGUACUCCUAAGAAUGACCAGAAUCCGAGACACUUCACUGCCACUCUGGGUGAAGACGUCAUUCUGUGUUGUGACUUCGAAUAUCCAGAGGAGAAACCCGUGCCCUAUGUCAUUCAGUGGCAGAAACAAGGGAUCAAAAUUCCAAUCUAUAUCUGGUACGACGGCUACCCACCACACGCGGGGGAUGGCUACGAGGGCAGGGUGUCACUUGCCGAAAAGGCCUCUCUCAAUCUCACCAACGUGCACGAGAGUGACCAGGGGUGGUACGAGUGCAAAGUGUAUUUUCUUAACAGACCACCGGACUCGCCGAAGAAUGGCACAUGGGUCCAUCUGGACGUGCACGCUCCACCCCAUUUUAAAAUGAAACCUCCCGAUGUUGUAUAUGUUAAAGUUGGAGAAUCUGUGUCUUUACCCUGUGAGGCAGAAGGAACACCACCACCUAACCUUAUUUGGUAUAAGGAUAAUUUGCCAUUAGAAGAAAGCAGAACUGUCCAAAUUCUUCCUACUGAAUUAAGAAUCAAUAACUUAAGACAGACAGACAUAGGAGAUUAUACUUGUAUGGCAAGGAACAAACAAGGGACUGUAACAGCUACAUCUAAAGUUAUUGUUGCUGGUCCUGCUACUAUAGUUACUCCUCCUCGUAAUGUCACUAAACUUGAGGGUGAUAGAGCUGAAUUCAUAUGUGAGGCAAAAGCCCUUCCAAGUAAUGUUACACAUAGGUGGUUCCAUAAUGGAGUUGAGAUCAGUCAACUCUCUUGGUUAGAAACUCGCACAAGUGUUCGUAGAGAUGGGACUUUGUUCAUUAGCCCUACCUCAGCUGAGGACUCUGGAAAGUUUACUUGUGAAGUAACAAAUGGUAUAGGAACUCCUGAUACUGCAUCUGCAUAUUUAAGUGUAGAAUAUCCUGCUCGUGUAACAUUUUCACCAACCAUCCAAUAUCUUCCUCUUGGACUCUCUGGAGUUAUACGAUGUUAUGUUCAAGCUAGUCCACCUUUUCAAUUUAUUACAUGGACUAAAGAAAGCAGACAAUAUGAUCCAAAUUCCAUACCAGGUGUUGUAACCCUGAACAAUGGCUCUUUGUUAUUUCAAAGAGUGACUCACGAAGAUCAGGGACGAUACCGAUGUACGCCUUAUAAUAUUCAUGGAACAGCAGGAACAUCCAAUAUAAUGGAUGUAUUAGUGAGAGAACCUCCAAUAUAUACAUUAAAACCAAAAGAAAUCUAUCAGAAACCUGUUGAUAGUGAAAUCCGCCUGCCUUGUGAUGGACUUGGUCAACCUAAACCUGCUAUUACUUGGCGAAGAGCUGAUGGAUCAAAACUUCCAAGAGAUAGAGCGAUGAUAAGAGGUGGUAAUUUAACUAUAAAAGGAUUGAAGAAAGAAGAUCAUGGUCGAUAUGAAUGUGUUCUAGAAAAUGAAAUUGCCACUCUUGUUACAAGUACACUUUUACUUGUUGAAAGAACAACACCACAUGCUCCAACAAAUGUGACUGUAAAUACUAGUACUGUGGCUGCCACUCUGACCUGGUUACCUGCAUAUGAUGGAGGUCAUGAACAAACUUAUGUCAUAUGGUACAGGCUUGCAGAUCAAGGUGACAGUGAUUGGAGAACUAUAAGAGUCUAUCCAGAUGGAGCAACUACUUUUACGGUUUACAACUUACAAGCUGAUACUGAAUAUGACUUUCAAGUGCUUUCCAGAAAUAAACUGGGGGAUGGAAUGUUCAGCCCCAUUAUAAGGGCCAAAACAAAAUCUUCUGACUAUAGUACUGGUGGUAGUAGUAGCAGCAUUUCUUCCCCUGAACCUGUUGGUAAUAAUUUCACUUCACCUGGUGAAAACACUUCUGGUAACUCUGUCCCUGUUCCUGCAGAACCACCUACACCACCAAAACCAGCUCCUGGGCCUGUAAGAAAUGUAACUGUCACUAAAACACUUCUAGGUGUUCGUAUUACAUGGAACCCUCCUGCAGAUACCGUUCCUGUAUCACAUUAUAUGAUUGAUUAUAAAAACGAUCCUCAGUGGCAACACUGGGGUCCUAUUAAAAAUGUGACUCAUUUUGAAGCCAAACUUCUGCAGGGUGGAAAAUAUGUGUUUAGAAUUAUAGCCUAUUCUAAUGAAGGUGUUGCAGGAACACCGAGUAAUGAAGUUAAGCUGGAGAUACAUGGUGAUCUCCAGGAUCGAAACAGAAGUAAAGCAAUCACUGCUGGCGUUGUGGGUGGCAUCCUUUUCUUUAUAGCUGCCAUUGUACUAUCUGUAUGUGCUGUAAAAAUAUGUAAUAAAAGAAAGAGAAGAAAAGCAGAGAAAGCCUACAUGAUGGUGACAUGUCCAAUAGCAGACGCAAGAAAUGGAGGCCAUUCACACGGAGGUAGUCCUGUACCGCUCAAAAACAAUUGAGGAAGCCUGUACAAUAGAUACCAGGAAAGCAGAAUAUCAAGUUUAACAUUACAGAACAUUAGAAGAAUUCUCUGCAGAUGUUAAUCAUUUUAGGCUUAGCCUGUAAACCCGAGAGGCUUUUGCUCCUUUUCGGAAGAUCGAUAAACUUCGACACGUCUCUCGAAGUUUGUUGCAGUGGUACUGGAGAAAAAUGGCAUUUACUAAGUUUUCAGCUUCAUUUGAAGAAAGAACUCUUACUAAACAAGAACCAAGGGCCAUAUGAUAAUGGCCCUGGGAAACAUCAGUUAGAUGAAAAAGCUGAAGAUCAAUUAUGCCCACCUCCCACACAGCAUUUUUAUUCCGUCCAGUCUCUCCAUAAAUAGGAAGAAAACCUAUAAAAAGAGAAGAAUAGGACAAUUCACAGCAUCCUCUACCCCACCUCAUUUAUUCAUUCACCUCUCUCUUAGUCAUCAUUGGAGAAGAAUCUAUUAUUUCUGUGCACACAGGGAGUGAUAGGGCCCUGAAUCUCAUUGAAGGUAGAUAGACAACUGAAUAAAUAAAUGGAUUAUGCAGAAAACAGUUCUCUGUUUCUAAUUUUCAACGUAUUUUUGAAAAGAUUCACAGUUAGUCUGCAAAUGUUGUGUUUUACACUACUGAUCAAAACACUACUUCACUCAGUGACUGUGCUCAAAAUUUUCACUGUAUAGAGUUUCAAUCAAAAACUUGUGUUCCACAAGUCUCGGAUUCCUCAUUUUUAUAUUAUAGGAUGAAAAGUACAAAUGUGAAAGCAUUUUAUAGCUUCUAUUCUAGGACACAGUUGCUAGCCUUUUAUUUAUUAUUAUUAUUUUCAUCCAGUUAUCUCAAGCUGUUUCUGUAAGUUUGGUUUUUCUUUUAAGAAAAUAUCCUUCUUUCCCAAAGAAACAACUUGCACUUGAAACUAUUUCCAUUGAAUUCUGUGCAAUAGUUCUAUUUUCUUGAUUUUGCAGUAGACUAUGAUUUUGGGGAAAUUCAAAGUGUUUCUUUUAUUUGCCAUUAGAUAUCAGCAUAUCUAUAAAAGAAGUAAAAUCUUGUAUUUGUUUUGUAACUUUUUUUUUCUCCGGAAAUGUGAUGCAUAACGAUGCAAUUUUAGAACUGUUUUGUUUCUGAGUGCAGUGAGAAUCCCAUGAGGAAAAAAGAAUAAAAUAUUGGCAGUGGUACCACCAAUGAAUGUAUCUGUUCUUACUAUUACCCAUCAUUUGACAGAACUCAGGGAGUGAAAUUGAUGUUCAUGAAGCAAACAAAAUCUUCCAGAAAAUGUUGCUUCAAGUUUUGUUAGAAAUUAGCCCAUGACCAAAAUAACAGCUUAAUAUAAUGCUACAGAGGAUAAUUAGUUAUAAUUUAAGCUUGCCUGUGAACGAUCCAUGUGCAAGUUCUUUCUAGUCUUCAGGUAUCAAGCCUAAGUCAGUUUAGAAUUAGGUCUGAAAAGAUCAGCAACAACAGUCUUAUAAAAACACUUUUUAGUUUGCAAAAGUGAGUUACUGCAAGGAACUUUUGUUUGUAUGAUGGUUUGCAGCUGUGAUAAUAUUGCAAAAAAAGAGUGUUAAUAUCCAUUCAACUGCAGCAACAGUUUGAAUAAACACAGAAAGAAUUUUUUGAAAGCUUGUAAUGACCUACUUUGCACACAGCUCUAUGUUGCACUUAGUCCAAAUACACAUGUCCUCUUCUAUAUUUGGGGUCUAUACUACUGUUUUAGGGACAUCCCUCCCUACCACCAAAGAGAUUGUAUGCACACCUUUCAUGUGUGGUUUAAUGCUUCUGUCUUGGUGCUUGCAGACAACUAAACUUUGCUUUAUCUCCAUAUCAUUCUAAUAUAAAAAAUUUAAAAUAAAACAUCUGGAUUUUAUGAGACAUCACGUAUCAGAAGCCUCAUUCUGUGAGAACCUGUACAGUAAAAAUUUGCUGGUAUCUGCUGCAGUUGAGGAAAUGAUCUGCAAAGUAGUUCCAACAAAACUAUUUCACUCUUUGUUCUUAUUCCUUUCUUUCUCUUUUAAAGAAAGAAUGCAGCAGAAACCAGGAAAAAUUUCUCCCUUGUGUGUGUGUUAUAUACUUGUUGUUUAAAAUAGACAAUUGUUGAAGCUUCAGGACCAGACAUAAAUUUUUCUCAGUGUCUCACUGCCUUACACGUGCCAAAAGCACCUUGUGCUUAAAUUUCUCUGCGGUAUUCGGUGCUGGAGUUACAUUGAAAUUCCGACCCAUCAUAAGGACAGUUGGGGACGGACGCUUCGAGUACUUUGCUCGUGCAGGAACUGUCAGCUUUGUCAAGACAGAGCAAUAACGGAUGCAUUGCUCAAUGAAAAACAAAACAAAACAGAAACCACAUUUAAAAAAAAAAGCAAAAAAAAAUAUGUUGUUGAAUGCAACCAAAGUUAGCUUGUUUGUAUAUUGUUGGAGAGGAACUCUGGUUAGAUUGUUCAUUAAUCCAAUGUAAAGCUAGAUCAAUACUGUUUGAAGUGUUUUAGAUAAUGAAUUCAGCGCCUGUACAGAAAUUUUAAAAAAGGAAAUCAUUGUUUUCUCUUUAUCACACAAUUAAAUGAAACUUUUACAUGUAAUCAUAUAUAAUUUGAAUAGAAUUGUGCAAUGCUGAGUUUAGUAUAUAUUAGGUUUCUUAUAAGUUAUUAGAUUUCUUUUUAGUCAUUUAUUUUUUUAAAAAAAUUUUACAAAUUAUAAUUAUGCUUUUGAAUUUUUUUCCUCAAUACAUCAGUGAGUUUUAAAACACACUUAACUGUAAAACUGUUUUCAGAAGUGCUCAAUUAGAUGGCAGUUAAAAUUGUUAAAAAUAAUUAAAUUUUAUUAAAUAUCCAUUUUUACUGCAACACAGCUGAAAGAGUUAUUAUGGAUCUUUCUGCUUUCUGCUCAAGUAGUUACAUAUUAGUAACUUUAUUAUAAAAUAUGAAAAUGUGAUUAAAAUUUAUAAUAUACAUAAUUAGAUAAAAAUAAGUUUCCUGUAUAACUUUUUAUUCUAAAUAUUUUCUAAAUGAUAUUUGCUCUGCUCUGAAAACAUUUUUUACUUUAAAAAUGGUUUUCUAUAACUUCAAAAUGCUGUAACCACAAAUAUUUUAUCACUUAUAAAAACUUAAAUAAAUCUGUCGCUCAACUUUUAAUAAAUUUAUAUAAUUUGAAAAAUCUCUAUGAUAAUUUUGCAAUGGAAAUUUUAUUUAUUUUUAAUAUUUCUUCAACUUUUUUGAUAAUAUUUAGAUAUAUUCAUAUUAGAUAGACCCAUAAAAUGUAUUGUUGAAAACAAAUUUGCAAUACAGAAUAUGAGGUGUAUCAUUUCUUUUUUAUUAAUUUUAUAAUUUAGUAUCUAUAACUAAAUUAACUUUGUUCUUGUUAAAUCAAACUUCAGAAUUAAAUUAAUUUACAAAUUAUGCAACACCAGUGAUAAUAUAAAUUUUUAAUAAAUAAUUCUGUUUUAAUAAGUAUUUUAUUAAAAACCUGAAUUUUUAAUGAAAGUCUUAUGGAAGGUAUGCAUUUUGUGAAAUCUAAUAACUACAUAGCUCAUAAAUAUUGUUUUCCUCUUGCCUUCAAAGAUGUAAGAUAACAAGUUGUACCAAUACUCUCAUGUCUGUACAUACAGUUUAAUUUUAUGCAUUUACAGCAUACAUUUAUUCUAGAUAUUGUCAUAACACUAUUCUUAUUUUGGUUAUUAUCACUUUUAGAGAGAUGGCAACAACAAAAAUUAAAAUGGUUCAUUUAUUAGAUUUCAAGCGCUAUUAUUUUUUUCUAAAAAAGGAAAGGAAUUAUUGUGUGGUUUUGAAUUAUAAACCAAGUAAAAGGCAUUAGAAAUAACAAGUGAAAAGUUCAUAUUAAUUUGUCUAGUGCACUAAUUUUUAUAUGUUUAAAAAUGAAUGAAAAUUCCAUUAUUAAUAAAUAUUGCCCAUUUUCAGUAAAUGUUGAAAAUAUUUUUUUAGAAUACUGAAAAUAAUGAAUAAAUCGAAAAUUAUGCAUGACAUGAAGUAAAUGAUCAUAAUGAAAAAUCAAGAAUAUGUGAAGCCUACUUUAAAUCUAUUUUAUGAAAAUUUCCAGCAAAAUUAACUAAAUAAAUAAACAAAUAAAACUAACAAAACAUUUUGUUGUAACAUUUCUUAACUCUGCUUUAAAAUGCCAUUUUACGUCAACAAUAUUAUUUUUUUAAAACUUUAAGUAGUAAAAUUAAUUACAUUAUUAUAUCUAAAAAAGUUAUUCAUCAGAAAAUUUAAUUAAAAGCUUUAUUAUAAUUUUUUACGAUAUUGAUUGUUUGCGACUUAUUUCAUGCUCAAAUGAUAUAUGGUCAAGUUAUGCAUUGAGUGGGUUAUAUUUUAAAAUAAAGAAACUAUAAUCUUUGAGUUUCAUUAAUCAUCAUUUACAUUUAUAAGAAUGAUUUUUAUUUUUUACAGCUAGCCAGUGUGGAAAGUAUGUUAAUUAUUAUGUUUUCAAUAAAGUUUUUAAAUCUUACUAUAAUUUUAACAUGAAAUGCAUACAAAAUGUCUCAUCAUAUGUUUAUUACUAUCUAUAUAAAUAUUCACUAAAAGACAUUAAAUAAAUAUUAAUUCAUUCUAUUAGAGCUUUCUACACUGAAAUGAUGAUUUUGAAGAGUUUCAUUCCUUAGUGUGAUAAAAGAGAAAACAGACAUUCUACAAGUUUUUCCGGUUAUAUGUAGAAAAUAAACUUUUAUAGUUCAUGUUACUGUACUUUUUGGCUUUUCAUUUGUGUGCUCUGUACUCUGCUAGAUUGCCUUUGUUGGUUUCUUUUCACUUUUUGUCCCUUUUUCACGACGCACAUUGUGUUAUUUUUGCCAAAAUGUUUUCAAAGAUAUUUAGCCUAUCUGUAGCUAAUAUAUAUACAUAUAUAUAUACUAUGAAAUUGUUAUUAUUAUUACUUUUUGUUUUAAAAUGUUGCUAACUAUUUUCCUAAAUAUUUAACUCCCAUGGAACAAGUAAUUCUCAUCUUACAUUUUGUUCUGCUGCUGUUAUUCUUGUGAAAAUGAACGAAAAUAAUAUACUCUGUUGAAAUUUAACAUAUUUCUAUGGACAUAUACAUAUAUGCAAUACUGAGUAGGUCUAUGAUCAAAAUUGAUUAGAUGUGCAUAUGCAGUAUAUUUUAAGACAAAAACUGUAUGCUAGUCAGCACGGGAAAAAAAAUUCUUAACAUUUACUAUAUUGUUUUGUAUUUUUAACUGUUAUAUAAAAAAAAUUUGUUUCAAUUCCAAGAGCAGGUUAAAUAUGUAAUAUUUCUAUAUUGUUAUUUAUAAUACCAAUUUUAUUCAAUGUUAAUUUUUUUCUCUGACUGCUUCAUUUGUUUCCGACAAAUUAUUUAUAAAAUACUAAGCAUAUCCUUUCUCAUAUAGUUAAUUAAUCAAAAUUGACUAUAAGAUAUAUUUACAUGUAGAUUUUUAAAAAUAUAUUUAAUAUAUUUUAAUCAUUCAUCCUGUUCAGUAUAAAAAAUAUUGUAUUUGUUGUUGCAUCACAAAAAAGAAUUAUUUUUCAUAAACUAUUUUUUUUAUUUCUUUUAUAAUCUAAAAUAACAUUUUUGCUUAUUUUGAAAAUUUUAUAUAUCAAAGAUAAAUCCUUCCAUGUCAACCUAAAUUUUCCAGAUAUUCACUAAAGCAGUUUUUCAGUCAUUGUAUCUUCAUUAAUUGUUAUAAUGGAAUAUUGGAUUCAGUGCAUCACAUUUCAGCAUGUGAUUUCCCAAAUGAUACUUAUAAUAAUUUCUCUUCUUGUAUUACAUUAUUGAUGUGUCAUAAAUUUCUCUAAUAUUUAUCCAACCAAUAAAUAUUUGUAGCCUCUUAAGAUCCAUAUGUCAUUAUAAUAGAUGCUUUUCCCAGCUUUUGAGGAAUGUUGGAUUUGAAGACUAAUUCAAUUGGUAUAUAAUUAAAAGUUUUUAAGAGACAUACUAUAUUAUUGCAUCUAUUUGUCAUUAUUAUGGUUUUAUUUUGUAAAUUUAUUGAAUUUUUAAUUUUGUGUUGUAUUCAAAUGGUACCAAACAUAAUAUUUAGUUUAUCUAUUGUUCAUUAUUGUUGAAAUUUUACUGGAGUGCAAGAAGUGGACUAGUUCAAAAAAAAAUGAAGUGUAAAAUUAAUUAUUUGAUUUCUAUCAAUGUUUUCUUUUCUAAAAUAACUGCCCCCCCCCUCCCUCUUCUCCACUUAUAUUUAAGAUGAUUUUGUUUAUAGUGCAUACAUAUUUUAAUUAAUAUAUUCAUUUUAUUCAAAUAUAUAUAGUUGUUUUUGGAUAUAUUUAUCUUAUCUUAAAAUAUCGACUAAAAGCAAGAGAAGUAAGAAACUGAGGAUAGUAAUAUUUUCUUCUAGCACUAUUAAGUCGAAAAACAUUAGCAAAUAAAGCAUCUAAAGUUUAAAAAAAUUGAAAGGUAAUAUGACAGUUAUUGUUUGAAAUUACAAAAUUUUUGAUUUUUCCUUGUAUUUAGAUACGAUUGUACUUUUUUUCCUGUGGAACAUGCAACAUAAAAUAUUUUCUUUUAAUCAUCAUGUAUGAAAAUAAUGGUCAAUUAUUUAUUCAAAAUACAAUUAAACAAAAAUUUAAUGAGAAUUCAAAAGAUUACAUAAAAGUUUCAGAUUAAUUUUUCAUUCCAUUUGCAUUGAAAUUAUUUGGCAAUAUAAUUUCUAAAAAUAUUUAAAGAUACUAAAAUUAUUUCCUAUAAAUUUUCCUUGGUAAUAGAAAUAAAUUAUUUUAAACGUUUAAAAAAAUACUGGCUAUAAUAUUUCACAAGUCAAACUUUUGACACAUAAAAAAAAUAUUCCCAUAAUUUUGCAAGAACAUUAAAUAUGAACUAAUCUGUCAUUGUAAAGAGUAGAAUUCUUUAAUUUAGAAUGAAGAAAGCUUAACACCUGUAAAAUCCCACUUUGCAAAAAAUGCACAUGCAGUGACUUCACCAUUUGCUUUCAAAUUGUUGCACUUUAGAUUAAAUGUACCACUGUCACAGUGAAGCAAUGAAUGCAUUUUGCUUGAUAAUUCUCCAAAGCUCAAUUAUGAAUAUUGUAUUAUGGUGCUACAUUAGAAAAUGUUUAGUUAUAAAGCUUUUUGAAAAUUAGGUAAAUUAUGAUACAAAGUAAUUUUCAUCACAUUAGAAUUCUUGAACUUAAAUGUUUAGUUAGCUACAUUUAUUGCAUAUUUAUCCUGCCCUUAUAUCUCUAUGAAAAACAUGCUAUGGUGUCAUUACAAUAUUUAAGUUGAUGCUUGUCACUUUCGAGAAUUGCAGUUUUAUCCAGUUCUGUUUAUAUGUUAUAUAAUAACCAGGAAGUGUGUAUUGCGAGCCUUCGAAUGUUAUAUAGUCAUAUAUCUUUCUAAGAAAGUGUUUUCUAUAAAAAGAAAUUGUUAAGUUCCCAAUCAUGAUUUUUUAGAUGAAAAAAAAAAACACCUUUUUUAUAUUUUUUAAAAAGUCAACUAAAAUUUUUCAUGUGAAUGAUAAACCACACAAUAUUUCGUAUCAUUGGUGCUUUUGUUUAAGAUUCCAUGUUGAUUCUGUGUAAUAGAAGUCUGUCUCUCUCCAGAGAUAAACUGUUUGAAGCAUUAAAAGAAAAACUAGUUACAAGAAACACUGACACAAAUAAAUUGUGAAGAUUCUCUCAUGUCCGAAUCUUCCUUAAUUUUUGUCUCUGUUAAAUCACAAAUAAAUUUUCAGUUUGAUGUUUAGUAUUUUUCUCAGUAUGAAAAUAAA